ACGGAAUCAAGCAUUUAAAGUGACAAAAAAAUGACACAUUUUGGUGGUGAAAGUUGGAAUGGCAAUCAUUUGCCAAAUUCAAGUGCUGUGUAUAGUGCACCAGAAGUUCCUUUUCCUCAAAUAUGGAAUCAAGAAGGACCGGCUGCAUACAAUGACAUUAUAGGAUUUCAAGACUUAGCAAUUUGGCCAAGAAGUCAAGUUGGAAAUUUUGUAUCUCAACGGCUCUCAUCACCCAGAACUGCAUUAACUCCAUCCAGUUCGUCCACAAAUCCAACAUCAUCAGCAUCAAAUAAAAAGUCUCGACGUCGUGUGGCAACAAUUGCACAAAGGAGAGCUGCAAAUAUUCGUGAAAGACGACGGAUGUUUAAUCUUAAUGAAGCAUUCGACAGAUUGAGACGGAAAGUUCCAACAUUUGCAUAUGAAAAGCGAUUAUCACGAAUUGAGACACUUCGACUUGCUAUAACUUACAUUCAGUUCAUGUCGGAACUAUUAACUGGUCAACCGAGUUCACCAAGUCCAUUUUCAUCGAUUCAUUACAGUCAUCAGCAUCAUCAUCUGCAUUUACAGCAACAGCAUUUGAGAUUUAAUUAAAGUGGAUGUAAAAAUUGUGUGAAGGAAUUUUUGUAAAAAUGUUUAUGGCUUCCAGAGGGGUUUGGAUGAGUUGUAGAGGGAUUUGGAUGUUGACUGAAGAUACUGAUAGUUGAAUUCUCACUGUUGAUUGGCAAAUUGAUUCAGUUUAAGCAUGAAUUUCGGAUUAGAAUACAGAACUGUACCUAAAGAUCAUCAAUAUGAUGUUUAUGGAUGAUUUUGGUUAAUUGAGAAUAGGAGUGAGCGUUUGAGCAUAAUUGAAUCUCCACAGAACCUAAUAUUCGAUACAUUAUCAAACAUAGAUCUUGUUAAAGGUGUAGGCAGAUCUGUCAGUGCGAGAUUAAAGUUUCUUUAGUCGAGUGGUUAAUCAAUAGACUUUAUACAUGUAACCUAUAUGGUGAAGAUUUUGGUUCGAUUCCCAUCAUAUAAUAAGUUUAGUAUGACAACUUAAUCUUGAUUCUAAAAUGCCCAAGACCCCAGUUACCAUCCAAAUCAAUUUAACUCAAAUUCCCUCAACCUAGUAUAAGUGAAAUAUGUAUGGACAAUAAAUCCUAGUCCACCAUAAGUUAAGGAAGUGUUAGAUAAUCAAUAUUUAAAUCAG